AUGGACGAUUUGGCAGACUGUCGUGAAGUUUUCGCUUAUUUCGAUAGCAAGGGCGAUGAGCGAAUUUCAGUUCAGCAGGUCGGCGAUGUUCUCCGUGCUUUGGGUCAAAACCCAACCGAGGCUGAAAUCCACCGAUGUGUCGGAUCCUUCGAUAAAGAGGCUCGUUUGUCGUUCGAGGACUUUGUUCCAAUUUUCCAAUCUGUUUCCAAGAAUCGCGAGAAGCACACUGUAGAAGAGUUCGUUGAAGGAUUAUCGCACUUUGAUAAAGAAGGAAAUGGAAUGAUCAAUGUGGCCGAGCUUCGUCAUCUCCUCACAACACUCGGAGAGCGUCUUUCGGACGAAGAUGUCGAUCAAUUGCUCGCCGGGCACAACGAUUCCCAUGGAAAUGUGAAUAUUUCUGAUUUUGUCCGCGCUGUUAUGAACUCGUAA